CUACCUGUUCUAGUAUAAACAUAAUUAGUUUAAAUUUGAAAUUUUGCUAAAGAACAGUAUAAUUUUACAAAACCAAGAACAGAAAAAAAAAAGUCAUUUGAUGUUGGUCUUAAGAGGAUAUUAAAUGAAAAAAUCCCUUUACCUCGCAGAGUGUCGCUUCGUAUUAAAAACCUACCUGUUUCUUAUACUGAUUUACCACCCAUCGAACCUUCCAGGCAAAACACAUAUUAUUCUCCUCGCAGAGCUCCAAAGCUUUCUAUGCAGGCUAUUAAUAUUUCAGAAGAUCAUGGUAAAUCAGCAAUGGAAUCUUGGUCAAAACUUCAGAAUUCAAAAGCAGAACUAUUAAGUAAUAAUGUUAAAAAGUUUCAAGAGGAAACUCUGAAAUUGGACAUCAAGUAUGCAGCUAAAGUAACAAAAGAUCGUAUUUAUUCAAUUGCAAUACACCCUUCAUGUGAUAAAAUCUUAGCAUGUGCUGGCGACAAAUCAGGAAAUGUUGGGAUUUGGGACGUGAACUCAACUCAAGGAAAAAGUACUGAAGUUUUUUUAUUUUCUCCUCAUACACAACCAAUCAAUUGUUUGAAAUUUUGUCCCACAGAUAUUUCAAAACUUUAUUCAUGCAGUUUUGAUGGUAGUGUUAGAGUUGCUGAUUUUUCAUCACAACAGUUUUCAGAGGUUUUUAGCAUUGAAGAAAACACUGAUAGGUUUAAUUAUUUUGAUUGGCCAGCAAAUAAGUCAAAUACAUUAUUGGUUGCUUCAAGCAAUGGCAAUGUGUUACUUUUUGAUACACGAACAAGUUGUAUUGAACAGAGUUAUGAAAUCUUUCAGAAGAGUGUACGCUGUGUUGACUUCCACCCCCAAAAUGAGCAUUUGUUUGCUGCUUCUUCUUAUGAUGGAAAACUUGCUACAUGGGAUUUACGUAAUCUCAAAAAAGAUAACAACAAAUUUCUUUCAAUGUUCCAAGCUUCUAAAACAACUUCUACAUGUUUUUUUUCUCCGGGAGCUGGAGAUAAAUUAUUACUUACAUCACAAGACGAUUACCUUAGAGUUUUUAAUGUUGAUCAAGUUGGCAAAAUAGAUUCUCCAAGAUGGCAAGUAAAACACGAUAACUUUACUGGGAGGUGGCUUACAACAUUUCGAGCAUGUUGGGAUCCAAAAACUGAAAACUGUUUUGUUUGUGGAAGUAUGGAAAGGCCAAGACAGAUUGAUAUGUUUGGAUGUAUGGAAAAUGGAUUAUUAUCUCACUUUUCAAUAACCAGUGAAGAGCAAACCACAGUGGCAUCAGUAAAUGCUUUUCAUUCAUCUCAAAAUAUUCUUGUAUCUGGUAAUGCAAGUGGGAAAAUCUAUGUAUGGAUGUAAAUAUUGAUUUUUCAAUAGAUGAUUCAAGUUAAUAGGAUUGUUUUUGGUCAGAGAAAGAUAUGUUAUUGGCCCUAGAUAAAUAAAGAAUGUUUUCUGCUAUAGAAAAGUAUUUGGUAAAAUGAAAAUAAAAAACCAUGUUAUUUUUACAUCAAAGAGAUUGUGUAGAACAAAAGUGAAUUAGACAAUGUUUUUAGCACAAAAACAGAUUUUAAUGACUAAAGUAAGCAAAGCAAAGUUUUGUUACUCAAAGUGAUUUUAUAAAUGCAAGUGAAACCAAGUUUUUUGUUCUAGACGCUUAUUUUAUUUUUGGAGUAUACAAACUGUAGUUCUUUGUUUUAGAAUAAUUUUAAACAAAUAUAAAAA